AUGUCAUCUCGAUUCAGGGUUCUUAAUGCCUACGGGCCCACUAUACUGAGCCUGUUGCUGCUGCUCCUCUACCAGCCAACCGAGGCACACGUAAUUGAUAGGGCAGUAUCUUCAGCGCCUGUUCGUGAGCGUAUCAGCAUCAACGCGGACUGGCGAUUCUGGCGUUCUGAGACAAAUCCAGAUGGAUUGAUCUACGACCAGCGCUCCGAGGGGUCGGUGCAAGUGCUGAAGCCAUGGAUCCUCCCUUCAGCCAACGACUUCAUUGCCAACGAAGCCAAUCAAAAUGUGCGCCCGGCAGGCAAUCCCGGGGGAAAUGUCUCAUUCGUGCAAAUGUCAUUUGACGACUCGGAAUGGGAGGCGGUGAAGCUGCCGCACGACUGGGCUAUCAAAGGCCCCUUUUACACGGGCGACUCGCCCGUCGUUGGGGGCGGCAUGGGUCGGCUACCCUCACAUGGGGUGGGCUGGUACCGGCGAAAGCUCAGCAAGAACAAAACCGACGAGGGUAGAACGAUCUACCUUGACAUCGACGGGGCCAUGUCGUACGCCAUGGUCUGGCUCAACGGAAACCUGGUCGGCGGGUGGCCAUAUCCGUACAACUCGUUUCGGCUGGACAUCACACCGUACUUGAACGUGGGUGAUGAUAACCAGCUGGCCAUUCGGUUGGACAACCCCAAUGACUCCGCGCGCUGGUAUCCUGGGGGUGGUCUCUACCGGAAUAUUUGGAUCACCAAGGUGGACUCGACCCAUGUGGCACAGUACGGCACAUUCAUCAUGACGAGGGACGUAUCCAGUUCAUCGGCAACGGUGGACUUGUCUGUCCGAGUCGAGAACAAGGGGGCGACUAGUCGGCAGAUCGAGGUCGCGACUGAUGUGCACGUGUUCGACCCGGUGAGGGGAGUGGCCAGGGCCAAGGUAGCCGAGUUCGAACGUUCAUCCGUGACGCUUGCAGCAGGAGAGAAACAGGUAUUGGAUGGCUCUGUCACGGUAGCAAACCCUCGGUUGUGGGGACCGGCACCGGUGCAGAAACCCUAUCUCUAUGUCGCUAUCACGCGGCUGUAUACCCACAACCAAACGAUUGACAGCUAUCAAACUCGCUUCGGCAUCCGAUCUUUGACGUAUGAUGCCAACCAGGGGCUGCUGGUCAAUGGCGAGUUGAUUCACAUCCAGGGCGUGAACAACCAUCACGACCUGGGGGCUUUAGGGGCGGCUUUCAAUGUUCGCGCGGCAGAGCGGCAAUUGGAAAUCAUGCAAGAGAUGGGCGUGAACGCAAUUCGCAUGUCACACAACCCACCGGCGCCCGAGUUGCUGGACCUGACGGACCGGAUGGGCAUAAUGGUGCUGGACGAGGUAUUCGACACAUGGCAACACAACAAAACGGCGAACGACUUCCACCUCAUCUUCGACGACUGGCACGAGCCGGACCUGCGAGCCUUUAUCCGCCGCGACCGCAAUCACGCCUCCAUUGUUUCAUGGAGCUACGGUAACGAGGUGGGCGAGCAAUACGACGGCAAGGCCGGCGCCGCUGUAUCGCAGAUGCUGCUCGACAUUUUACAUGAAGAGGACCCCACCCGCCCGGCCUCCAUAUCAAUGAACUACGCCGGCCCCGACUUGCCCUUUUCCGCCGUCCCGGAUAUAAUCAACCUCAACUAUCGCGGCAACGGCAUCCGCGACACGCCUGCGUACUCCAACCAAGUCGGUAUCCGCACCGAGCCGCAAUACCCCGCGUAUCACGCCGCGUUCCCCGAGAAGCUCAUCUUCAGUUCCGAGACGGCAUCUACCCUUAGCACGCGGGGCACUUUCAUCUUCCCCGUCGUGAACGCGACCAGUGCCCCCGUCAAUGAAACCUCGGGUAGCUCCGAAGCAGACAUGCAAGUCAGCGCCUACGAGCUGUACAGCGCGAAUUUCGGCUCCUCGCCCGACAAGGUCUUCGGCACGCAGGAUGCGAGCCCCUUUGUAGCGGGCGAGUUCGUCUGGACGGGGUUCGAUUACAUCGGCGAGCCGACGCCGUAUUAUACCGCGCGUAGCAGUUACUCGGGCAUUGUGGAUCUGGCCGGGCUCAAGAAGGACAGGUUCUUCCUGUACCAGGCAAGGUGGAGGCCGAACUUGCGGACGGCGCAUAUCGUGCCGCAUUGGACGUGGCCUGAGAGGGAGGGUUUGGUGACGCCGGUGCAUGUAUUUUCAGCGGCGGACGAGGCCGAGUUGUUUCUCAAUGGGGAGUCGUUAGGCCGGAAGGAAAGGGGAGAGGCGGAGUACCGGUUUCGCUGGGAUGAGGUCGUCUAUGUACCUGGGGAGCUGCGGGUGGUUACGUACAAGGAUGGUGAAGAGCUGGCUAAUGCCACGGCGAGAACGGCUGGCGAUGCGACGGCAUUGCGUAUCACGGCGGAUCGGACGCAAAUCCAAAAUGAUGGAUACGAUUUAGCAUACAUCACUGUUGAAGUUGUUGACGGGGAUGGCAAUGUGGUGCCGCGCGCGAACAACACGAUACGGUUUUCGGUUGUUGAUGGCGAUGGAGAGGUUGCAGCUACGGAUAACGGCGAUCCAGCGGACUUUACUGUGUUUCAUUCCACUGAGCGCAAGGUCUUCAGCGGUCUUGCCUUGGCCAUUAUUCGUGCCGUUGCUGGUGGCUCAGGAACAGUUACUGUUGAAGCCGCCUCCGAAAGUCUCGAAGGAGCAAUCGCAGAACCGGUCUUCCAGGUGUCUCCCAAAGUUCCAUCUACUUUCCGCAUGCUCUUUUACGACGCCUCCAGCAACACGACUCCCGGGCAACUUCUCUGGAUCGACUUCCUCGACGUGACGUCCACCAUGGGCUUUGGUGGCCGCAAGGGGUAUGGAUCUGUGUGGCGCUUCAAGCUCGUUGGCGAAGGUGCACGAUAG